GCCAGGAAGUGAUGAGGGGAGGGGGGGUUAUGAGGAGGCCCAGGGAGCGUUGGGGCAGAUUUGCACUCAGGGCCACCUGAGGGACUUGGCGGUAGCGCUCAGCUGUGUCCUCUCCCCUCGCAGAGACACAAUUGUCGUCUGGGAGUAGGACACUGUUAAGGGGUGGGUUGUCGGGAGGAUAUUUCUCUAGCUGCGCUGGAGGCGAGGUGUGGAGAAGCAGGGCUGGGGGUGGGGCCGGGUCGUCAGGGCGUCUGAGAGGAAAGACCCCCACCCCCUGCCCCCCCCCCCGAACCAUCUACCCUGGCUGAGUGGACACUAAGAUGGCUGCCGUUGCCAUGGCACCCAACCCCGUGCAGACCCUUCAGGAGGAGGCGGUGUGCGCCAUCUGCCUCGAUUACUUCACGGACCCCGUGUCCAUCGGCUGCGGGCACAACUUCUGCCGAGUGUGUGUAACCCAGUUGUGGGGAGGGGAGGAUGAGGAGGACAGGGACGAGUUAGACCGGGAGGAGGAGGAGGAGGAGGACGGCGAAGAGGAGGAAGUGGAGGCUGUGGGGGCCGGUGGGGGCUGGGACACUCCCAUGAGGGAUGAAGACUAUGAGGGCGACUUGGAGGAAGAGGUCGAGGAGGAAGAGGAAGGUGUGUUCUGGACCGGUGGCAUGGGUGGGUCCAACUGGGACAACAUGGACUAUGUGUGGGAGGAGGAGGAUGAGGAAGAAGACCUGGACUACUACUUGGGGGACAUGGAGGAGGACCUGAGGGGGGAGGACGAGGAGGAGGAAGAAGUGCUGGAGGAGGAUGAGGAAGAGGAGCUAGACCCUGUCACGUCACUGCCCCCGCCUCCAGCCCCUCGGAGGUGCUUCACCUGCCCCCAGUGCCGAAAGAGCUUUCCCAGGCGGAGCUUCCGCCCCAACCUGCAGCUAGCCAACAUGGUCCAGGUGAUACGGCAGAUGCAUCCAGCACCAGGUCGGGGGAGCCGUGCAAAUGAGCAGGGCAUUUGUCCCAAGCACCAAGAAGCUCUGAAGCUCUUCUGUGAGGUGGACGAAGAGGCCAUCUGUGUGGUCUGUCGAGAAUCCAGGAGCCACAAACAGCACAGCGUGGUGCCAUUGGAGGAGGUGGUGCAGGAGUACAAGAUCGGGAAACAGAUUCAGAGAGAUUUAAGUAAUAUACACAGGGCCACACAGCUACUAGCCAAACUGCAGGGGCAUGUGGAACCUCUAAGGAAGCAGCUGGAGGCUGUGCAGAAGAUGAAAGCCAAGGAAGAGAGGCGGGUGACAGAGCUGAAGGUGGUAUCUACCAUCCCCUUUGCAUCAUCCCAGAGCCAGAUGAAGUCAGAGCUGGCAGCUGUGGCCUCAGAGUUUGGGCGGCUGACAAGGUUUCUUGCUGAAGAGCAGGCAGGGCUGGAGCGACGCCUUCGAGAGAUGCAUGAAGCUCAGCUGGGGCGUGCAGGAGCAGUGGCCAACCGUCUGGCAGAGCAGGCGGCCCAACUGAGCUGCUUGCUGGCCGAGGCCCAAGAGCGGAGCCAGCAGGGGGGCCUGCGGCUGCUCCAGGACAUCAAGGAGACUUUCAAUAGGUGUGAAGAGGUACAGCUGCAGCCCCCAGAGAUCUGGUCCCCUGACCCGUGUCAACCCCAUAGCCAUGACUUCCUGACAGACGCCAUCGUGAGGAAAAUGAGCCGGAUGUUCUGUCAGGCUGCUCGAGUGGACCUGACGCUGGACCCUGACACGGCUCACCCGGCCCUGAUGCUGUCUCCUGACCGCCGGGGUGUCCGCCUGGCAGAGCGGCGGCAGGAGGUUGCUGACCAUUCCAAGCGCUUUUCAGCUGACUGCUGCGUACUGGGGGCCCAGGGCUUCCGCUCUGGCCGGCACUACUGGGAGGUAGAGGUGGGUGGGCGGCGGGGUUGGGCGGUGGGUGCUGCCCGUGAAUCAACCCACCAUAAGGAGAAGGUGGGUUCUGGGGGUUCCUCCAUGGGCAUCGGAGAUGCCAGCUCUUCCUCACGCCAUCACCAUCGCCGCCGCCGGCUCCACCUACCCCAGCAGCCCCUGCUCCAGCGGGAAGUGUGGUGUGUGGGCACCAAUGGCAAACGUUACCAGGCACAGAGCUCAACGGAGCAGACACUGCUGAGCCCAAGUGAGAAGCCACGGCGCUUUGGCGUGUACCUGGACUACGAGGCUGGGCGCCUGGGCUUCUACAAUGCCGAGACUCUGGCCCAUGUGCAUACCUUCUCAGCUGCCUUCCUGGGCGAGCGUGUCUUCCCUUUCUUCCGGGUGCUCUCCAAGGGUACCCGCAUCAAGCUGUGCCCUUGAUCAGCCUGCCACCCGCAGGGGCCCCUCUGGUCAGCACUGGUGGGGCGGGUGGUGGUGGAGGGUGGCCCGUAAGUUUGGGGGCUCAAAGGCUCCCAAAACUCUUACUGCAUUGCUUCCUACUCUUCCUUGACCCCAGGACCCUGCUCUUCUCCCUCUAGGAGCCUAACGAACCCUUCUGGCCUCCAGCUCGGCCUCCUCUCACCUACUAUCUGUCCAACAGGUCUGCAUGGGUCCCUGAUAACAGCUGCUUGGUCUUCCCUCCCUCUAUGCCCAGGGCCUGAAUUUGAGUAGGGGAGGGGAUAUUUAAUUUCAUUAACUUCCCUUUCUCCACCCCUGCUUUUCAACCUUCCUGUCAGUUCCCAGGCUGGAGGAUUUGGGCAAGACUCAUGACUACCCCUGUCCCAAUUACAUUUUCUGAUCCAAGUUUUAGCUAAGGGAUUUGGUAGCUUUCUGGGGGGAGGCAGAUUGGACUAAGGGUAGAGCUGGAUAAUAAAGAACCAUCUACUCUCUGGGGGAAGGAGGGAUUCUAAAUUUUCUUCCAUCCCCGAUUUCUACCUCCAUAGACUGGCCAGAAUUUAGCUUCAAUGAGAGAUCUGGAAUGGUCGACAUGAUUGAAACUACAUCUCCCAAUAAAUUAUUUUCUCCCCAUUUUUUCCAGCACUUAAUGUAGGAGCAAAGCUCACACUACCCUUUUCACUGCCAGGCUCCUUUCCCCUUUGUUCAGUAGUUCCUUUUGUCAUUCUCCAUCAUCUUCAUGUCUUCAGUUCCAUUUGAUGAGCCCUGAUGGGGAGCCUGGGGACCAGGGUUUGGAUCCCUAUGAGGAGAGCCUUGGGUAUAAUCUAUUUUUCUAGUAACCCUUUGCCUUGUCACUUACCAGCUUUUGUCCUGUGCUUUGAUGGCCCAGGUCAAUUUAUGUUCCUGGGGAAAAGGGAAGUUGGGUUGUGUUGUGGAAAUAAAAAGUUUUAUUUGCUGC